AUGUUUAGCAAAGCGCACACAAUAAAACCGAAAAAGAAAGCGGAGAAGGGAACGAUUCGAUACGACUUGCACAACUUUUUUGAGAAAGCGAAAAGUGGGGACAUCAUCAAUGGAGUGAAAUGCCCUGAAGGUCAAAACUUAUAUGAAUGGUUAUCAGUGAAUGGCUUUGAUUUCUUAGAUGAAAUUCAAUUACUCUAUAGUCCUAUUUCUGACUUAUGUACCCCAUCGAAUUGCCCUCAAAUGAACGCAGGCCCACAAUUCGAAUACCUUUGGAUGGUCGACAAGAAACCAACAUCAAUGCCCGCUCAACAAUAUUGCUCCGAACUCUUCAUAUGGGCUAGUGAACUCUUCGACGACCAAAGUAUCUUCCCCGAAGAAUUUAAAGACAAACCCCCUAAAAAGUUCAUGGACACUAUCACUAAGAUCUUUAAGAGACUCAUCAGAGUCUACGCUCAUAUGUUCUACUCACAUAUGGACGACUUGAAAGGAAACGGUAACGACCAAGUCGCUAUGCAAUCCUUCCAACACUUCUUUUUCUUCUGCAGAGAAUUCAAAAUGCUCUCCAAAGACGACAUCGCACCCCUCGAGCCAAUCAUUAACGAGAUGUGCAAGGAACAUGGCGUCCCAGUUUUUCUCGAGAAAUAA